UGGUGUUUGCUUUCCCUUUCAGUUCGCCACAUUCUUCACCUUCACUUGGGAGUUUGGAGAAUUUCUGUGCAAAGCAGUGUAUUAUCUUCAGAACGUAUCAGCAAUUUGUUCGGUGACCACCUUAACAGUCAUGAGCGUCGAGAGGUAUUACGCAAUCAUUUACCCUAUAAAAGCUAAAUACGUCUGUACUGUGAGUCGAGCCAAAAAAGCGAUUCUCUUUAUUUGGAUUUUAUCAUUUUUCUUGGCUUCACCAAUAAUCAUUGGUCGGAGUCAUGAAGAAGUGGGUUCCAUCAGAAAAGGCUAUUGGUGCAUAGAAAACUGGGCAUCGGAUACGAUAGAUAAAAUAUACGAAUUUUAUAUGAUGUCUAUAAUCUUACUAAUUCCAGUAACGGUCAUGUCUUUUGCCUACACCAGUAUCUGUAAAGAACUAUGGAUUGUCAGCCAUACCAGAACGGCUAUGAUAAACGGGCAGUAA